GUGAGAGGAUCCACACACUGGUGGUAGUAUUGUUGGUGUCACUGAUGUUUGUGGUCAUAGUGGCAAGGUUGGUGACAGCUGGGGCUCGGGGUUUCUGCCGGUAUGUUCUGCGGCUACACUUGAACAUCCUGGGACACCGGCUCCGGGGCCCACCUAUACCUGGCCUUGGGUAGGGAGAACUCAUGCCCCGAGGCCGAGGGGCACGGACAAGCUGAGGGGGCCCCAUGACCGCAAAGAGCUUCUGAGGGGUUCUGCUGGCCAGGACAACUGAGAUCUCUAUGACAUAAGGAGCCCACCUAAGGGUGGUCCUCUUUGUUACAGGAUAUUCGAUAACAACCAGGGACACGGAAGAAUGUGAACUCCCAGAGUUCUUCCUGAGAUGAAAAAGAAAGUCCCAUGGAAAAGGGGGACCCACCAUGCAGUGCUUCAAGUUCCUUAAGGUCAUGAUGUUCCUCUUCAAUCUAAUCAUCUUUCUGUGCGGUGCGGCCCUGUUGGCUGUGGGGAUCUGGGUGUCCGUCGAUGGGACAUCCUUCCUGAAGAUCUUUGGGCCACUGUCAUCAAGUGCCAUGCAGUUCGUCAACGUGGGCUACUUCCUCAUCGCAGCUGGUGCUGUCCUCUUUAUCCUUGGUUUCCUGGGCUGCUACGGUGCUCACUCGGAGAGCAAGUGUGCGCUCAUGAUGUUCUUUGUCAUCCUCCUCAUCAUCUUCAUCGCUGAGCUUGCAGCGGCUGUGGUUGCUUUGGUGUAUACCACAAUGGCAGAACAGUUCCUGACGUUGCUGGUGGUGCCUGCCAUCAAGAAAGACUAUGGUUCUCAGACUGAAUUCACCCAAGUGUGGAACUCUACCAUGGACGGGCUGAAGUGCUGUGGUUUCAACAACUACACAGAUUUUAACGGCUCACAUUUCGUCGAAGAGAAUAAGGUCUUUCCUUCUUACUGUUGUGGCAAGCCUGGUAAUAGCACUGAGGGACCGUGCACGGAGGAGAAGGCCAACAGAACACAAGUACAGGGUUGUUUCAAACAGCUUCUGCAUGACAUCAGAACCAAUGCGGUCACUGUGGGUGGUGUGGCAGUUGGAAUCGCAGCCCUGGAGCUGGCUGCCAUGAUUGUAUCCAUGUAUCUCUACUGCAAUCUGAAAUAAGACUGUUUCUACCUCCCCACUUGCUGCUGCCACAUGGAAACCAGGAAGAGGCACUUGGCACAGCUAGGCAGCGGUGACCCGGGUGGAGAUGAAAUCUAACAACGUCAUUUGGGCUGAAAGUGGAUUUGCCUUUGCUUGCUCUGGACUUUGGGCUAAAUAGGGACCAACUCUUGCGGGCUGUGUGUCUGUCUUGUCCUUCUACUGGUGGGGCUGGGGAAACAUCUGUUCCAGAGUCUCUGAAGCAGCCACUUCUGCCCAUCUCCUUCAUCUUUUCUUCAACCUUUGACACUCCCUUAAUAUAAAAGUGGCUCUUGAUGAUCCCAGCACUCCACUGGUGGAUGAAGGCACUUAUAGCCUGGGCAUAUUCAAGUCCAGCAAGGUCAUAGA